AUGGAGCAUCACAAGAAUGAUCGCAGCUCUGCUGAAGUGGCUCAGCAAGCGUCGGAUGUUCCUCGGCCCCCAUCUGAGUCGCGCAUGAUCAACGAAGUGUCUGGCGACCUCUUCAAUGCCCCUGAGGGUUCCGCACUGAUUCAUGCAUGCAAUACCCUCGGUGUGUGGGGUGGGGGUGUGGCGCAGAGCUUCAAAAUCUUGUACCCAGCGGCGUUCCGGGUCUAUAGGGAACACUGUCUGCAAUAUCGACAGUUCAAAGAGACCCACGCUAUCGCCGACCUCUCCGACAAGGCCAAGGGACUCUCAACCGUCGUGCUACCCGUGGGAACAGCGUUGAUCAUUCCGCCGCAGCCAUCUGAUUCUCAUCAGGGUAAGAAGAAGAAAAAGCAGCAUUGGGUGAUCUGCCUGUUCACUUCAGAAGGAAUUGGCCGUUACGUGGACCCGCCUGCGCAGAUCUUAAACAAUACAUUUGCGGCGCUGCAGGAUCUCAAAAGCAAGCUCACGGAUCUUCUGCUAGACGGGACAGAGCCAUCACCACGAGCGCUUUACUCGUGUCGGUUCAAUUCGGGCUUGUUUGCGGUGCCGUGGAUACAUACAAGACAGCUCCUGGAGGAAUCAGGUCUACGGAUCACGGUAGUGACUCCGCCAACUCGGGGCGAGUGA